UUAGAGCCGAAGAAGAACGCAGGAAUUCACUUCCUGGUGUGCAUAAGUUGUUUUGCGGACUUGUGUGAGCAACAACAAAUAAAACAUGUAAGAAUAGGAUAGUCAUUGUGGAAUGGUCAGAACAUAUCACUUGUAUUUAUCUAAAUGAGUAAAUAAGUAAUUGAACAGGUGGCAAAGCUACUGCGCAGGCAUUAUAUUCGUCAACAACAACACAAGGAACAUCAGCAUAAUAUCGUGGAAUACAGUCUGAAUCAAAACACUGAGUGAAGUGUCUUCUGCCUGGAGCGUUUUGCAACACAACUGAGUCAAAAUGAGGAGAGGUGUCGGUGCGGGGGCCAUUGCCAAAAAGAAGCUGGCAGAGGCCAAGUACAAAGAAAGAGGCACCGUUCUGGCUGAAGAUCAGAUUGUACAGAUGUCCAAACAAUUGGAAACAUUCAAGACCCACUUGGAGGAGUUUGCCAGCAAGCACAAACAGGAGAUCCGGAAGAACUCCCAGUUCCGCCUGCAGUUUCAGGAAAUGUGCGCCACCAUCGGCGUCGACCCCCUGGCCUCGGGUAAAGGGUUCUGGUCAGAAAUGCUUGGAGUUGGAGACUUCUACUAUGAACUUGGUGUGCAGAUUAUUGAAGUUUGUCUUGCUCUGAAGCACAGAAAUGGUGGCCUUAUCACCUUGGAUGAGCUCCAUCACCGCGUGCUGAAGGGAAGGGGGAAGUACGGCCAGGAUGUCAGCCAGGAUGACCUGGUGCGUGCCAUUAAGAAGCUGAAGGCUAUGGGGAAUGGAUUUGGGAUGAUUCCUGUAGGAGGCUCCUACCUGGUCCAGUCGGUACCGGCAGAACUCAACAUGGACCACACAGUAGUACUGCAGCUGGCAGAGAAAAAGGGCUACGUCUCCAUAAGCGAGAUCAAAGAGAGUUUGAAUUGGGAACGAGAGAGAGCAAGCCAUGUUCUGGACCAUCUCCUGAAGGAGGGCUUGGCAUGGCUGGAUUCCCAAGCAGAGGGGGAGCCUCAAUAUUGGCUACCAGCUCUCUUUUCGGAACUCACCUCCCGUGACGUCACACCAGAGGAAGCCAAUCAGAUGACGCCUUAAAUGCAGUUCAAGACUAUGGUAACACUAUGGGUCCAGCUCAAUGUCAAACCUCGCAUCCUCUCCUUUUUUUUGCUUGUGGCCUCGUGCUUUGCUGACACCCCGCUUCCGUGGAGACAGUUUCUCCACUGUCAGCCUAGCCACAACAACUUUUCAGGGACUUUUCCCCUCUCAACAUCCCGAUUGUAAAUCAGAGAAUGACGUUUGAAUUGCGCUUUCACGAGAUAUUGAAUAAAACCUCUAUUGUCAAUAAUGUCUUGCCUUGCAUCACGAGGCCACUACCAUAAGGAGAGGACGCGAGGUUACAAAAUGAGUUUGAGUGACCCACUAAGACCCUUGGAGAAGAUGCAGAUUUUUUCACCACCUCGUGUUCAGAAUUCUAAGUUGGUUAUCUGUAAGAUAAGAAUAAUGGAUUUUGAAUAUGUUUUGUACUGCAUUGGCUGUACAUUAACAGCACGAAAGAAGUGAAAUUGUUUGAGAUGAGGCUUGACUUGAGGUAUUGAAAUUCUUGAGUUAUUGACUUGAGUUUACCUCAAGACAUCAAAAUCCCCAAAGGUGUCAAUAUAUGUGAAAAUGAAGCGCACUGUAAGUUUUCAUGUCUAUGUAUGAUACUGAUUAUGCAGUUCUUUCUUUGUAAAUAUGACAAAAAAGCCUUUUUAGAUAAAUAAAUGAUGUUAAGCUUUA